AUGCCUUUUAAUGUAUUAAAGAAACUGUCAAACAAUUAUAUAAAAGCAUGUCUUUUUGCGUAUAAUUGUGAUUUUGAAAAUUUUAUUUUAUACUUUGGUUUUGAUUUUUUACCUUCAGAUGAAAUAUUAACAAACUAUAUAGUUAGGGGUGUUUUAUUUAGUUUUGACUUCGCCAAAAGUAUAAAGAAUUGUAAGAAUGUUGAAUUCAAUACCUAUAUUUGUAGAGCGGUAAGUGCUAGAUAUAUAAUGAGUAAUGUAGUAGACGAUAUUAAAUUUUUAGAAAGAUAUAUUCCAGCCACUAUUUGGUAUCCAAAUGCUCCAUCGAAAGACACAUGUUUAAAAUUAUUAAACAUUGAUCAUAUGUAUCAUUAUUUAGUAGCUACUGUAUCUAUUCUUAUGAAUUGGGAGGAUGUGUUUAUUAAAUGUAAAUUUGAUGGUGUUGAUUAUACUGUAUUAUCAGCUUCUAGAAUAUCUAAUGAUAGAUUUUUCAAAUAUUUAGAAGAUAUAAAUAAAAAAGAGGUGAUAUGUUUUUAUAACUUAGAUGAUUUUUUGGUUUAUAAUGUGUGUUUUGAUUAUGAUCUAUCAUUUCCGAAUGAAUAUAAUCAUUUAAUUUGUUUUAGGGAAGUUUUUGGAAUGUACCAAACAUAUGGACAAUGUUCAGAAGAUAAUAUAAAAGAGAUAAUUGGUUUAACACUUGAAGAUAAUAUUGAAUAUGAUAGAACAUAUUUGCGUUUUCUUAAAUUUAGUUCUCUUGGUUAUAAUUUAAUUUUGAAUGAAAAUAAAAAGAGUUUAAGUUCUGAAAUAAAUAAUUUGAAUAUACACAAUGUUAAAUAUAAUAUUUUAAAAUCUAUAUAUGUUUUAAAUAAUUCAGACAUUUUUAAUCAUGAUAUGUGUAAAUCAGCAGUUUUAAAUUAUAUUUUAAACGAUUACUAUAAUUUUGAUUUAGUUUUUAAAUACAAACCUUUUUGGUUUUAUUCAUAUAAAAUUAUUGGUGAUAUAUUGGCUGAAAAGAUAAUAAAUGAUUUUGAUGAUUUAAAGUAUAAUGUAGGUUUAGCAUUAUGUAUAAAAAAUACUUGUUAUAUAUAUAAAAAAUAUGAAUUUAAACCUGAUAUAGAUAUGUUAAUAUAUAGUUAUAAUUCGGGGUCUAGAGAACUUUAUAAUCUUAUAUUAGAAGAUUUCAAAAAAUUAGGUUAUAUAUACAAACACUUGGAUAUAGAUAACGAAAUCAAUUUACACCAGCCUAAAAUUAUACAUAUUCAAGAUUUGAAUAGCUAUUUAAAUGUUAAAGAAGAGAUUAAUUUUAAUAAUAUAAAUGAAUAUAUCGAGAAAGAGAAUUCAUUGUUAUCAAGAUCCACACCUUCUCACUUUCCCUAA